AUGUUGUCUUGUGCUUUUGAUGUGGCUUGUGCUUACGGUGUUCGUGUGGAGCACCGUAUUGAUGGCGGUUUGCUGAACAUCCGUCGUUUCGGUGCGAGAACUCUAGUCUGUGAGACAACUAUCUGUAUGUUGCUGUUUGCUGACGACUGUGCGUUGUUUUCACACAGCGCGGAUGAGUUGCAGCACAUGACUAGUGCUCUGGCUACGACAGCGGCCAAAUUCGGGCUCACCAUCAACACAAACAAAACUGUCUGUCUCUUUCAGCAUUCACCGGAGAUGCAAUCCUCAAUAUUGCUGCGAAUCAGCAUUGGCGCUGAAGUAUUGGAAACCACCUCCCGCUCCUGCUACCUUAGGAGUAUGAUGUCGACUGAUGAGCAUCUACACAUUGAGCUGCGUAUCCGCGUGUCGAAGGCAGCAUCGGCAUUCGGUAAGCUAGAGUACCGAGUGUGGAACAACCAUCAGCUUACCAUUGGCACGAAGCUGAUGGUGUACAAAUCCACGAUGCCGUCCGUUCUUCUAUACGGCAGUGAAACGUGGACGAUGUACCGUCGGGAUGUGCGAUAUCUCGAGCGGUUCCAUCAGCAGUGUUUGCGACGGAUUUUGUGCAUCAUUUGGGGCGACAGAGUUGCUGACACGGAAGUGUUGCGCCGAAGUGGGAUGUAUACAGUGGACGGCAUACUUUUCCUGAGACAUCUGAGGUGGCUCGGUCUUGUGACCCGUAUGUAUUCGACUCGAAUACCGAAACAACUCUUAUACAUUCAGCUGAGUAUUGGGAAGCGGCAUGCGUGGAAAUCAAAGUUAUGUUACCAGGACAUAACCAAAGUGAGCCUCUCAGGUUCUAACCUUGAUUGCAGGUCAUGA